AUGGAUAUGCGCACAGCAGUAUCAGUGGAGGAACGUGUCGCGGUGGCAUUGUGGUGGUUUGCAAACACUACCAACUACCGCUUGGUUGGCAAUCAAUUUGGUCUCGCACGUUCGACAGUGGCAGGCAUUGUUGCAGAGGUGGCACUUGCAAUGGAGCUGAAGCUGCUGAAGAAAACAGUGCAUUUGGGGCAACAUGAACAGAUUAUUGCUGGGUUUGCAGCCAUGGGAUUCCCGCAAGCCAUUGGGGCCGUGGAUGGAUGUCAUGUGGCGAUACGCGCCCCCCCGGGGCAGGCGAAUGAAUAUAUCAACAGGAAGAAGUUCUAUUCGGUACUGCUGCAGGGCACCGUUGACCAUCGUGGACGAUUCACCGACGUUGUGAUUGGGCACAGCGGGAAAAAUCACGAUGCUCACGUUCUGCGUUGCUCUAACCUUAUAGACCUAAUGGAUGCGGGGGUUUGGGUGCGAGGGAACCCCACAAUCACCAUCAACGGUGUACAUGUGCCUCCUGUCAUUCUUGCGGACUCUGCAUAUCCUUUAAGACGCUGGCUGAUGACACCCUAUGGUGGCAAUGUAGGCCCACAAGAGCUUCGUUUCAACACUGUGCACAGUCGUUGUCGCAACAUGGUGGAGAGGGCGUUUGGUCAUCUAAAGGCGCGUUGGAGAUGCAUUGGCACUCUUCUACCAGUGCAGCAGGAGAACAUUAAUUCAGUUAUAGCCGCAUGCGUCAUCUUACACAAUCUGUGUGAGGAACGUGGGCACGCUGCACCUGACGAAUCGGUGAACUCAAAUAACAGCAAUGUGGCCAAUGACGAGGCGGAGCCUGACCCACCGCUCGAUGAUGAAAGACAGCUGCAGGAGGGAAGGCGGGUCAGAGCUGCCAUAACAAGACUGAUUUGGGAACGUCGUGGACGACGGAGAUAA